AUUUCCCCUUUCUCCUGUCCUCCUUACAUCUCUCUCUCUCUGUCUCUCUCUCUCUCUCGAGCUCCGCUAGGGUUAGGGUUUUGCCCUCAGCCUACAGCUUCUUCGUCUAGGGAUUCUUUCUCUUCUAGGUCUCUCUUUUUCGUUCUCCGGCUUCGGGAGCCAUGUCGCUGAGGCCAAGCGAGCGGGCGGAGGUCCGCCGGAACAAGUAUAAGGUAGCGGUGGACGCGGAGGAGGGCCGCCGUCGGAGAGAGGACAACAUGGUUGAGAUCCGGAAGAGCCGCCGGGAGGAGAGCCUCCAGAAGAAGCGCCGCGAGGGCAUGCAGGCCCAGCCCUUCCCCCCCUCCUCGAUCCACACCUCCGCCCUCGAGAAGAAGCUGGAGAGUCUUCCGGCUAUGGUGGCGGGGGUUUAUUCGGACGACAGCACGCUUCAGCUAGAGGCAACCACACAGUUCCGAAAACUUCUUUCUAUAGAACGAAGCCCUCCAAUUGAGGAGGUUAUCCAAGCUGGAGUGGUUCCCCGCUUCGUGGAAUUUCUUACAAGGGAAGAUUUUCCCCAACUUCAGUUUGAAGCAGCUUGGGCGCUCACCAACAUCGCCUCAGGAACCUCAGACAACACCAAGGUUGUGAUAGAUCAUGGGGCUGUUCCGAUAUUUGUUAAACUUCUCAGUUCCCCGAGUGAUGAUGUCCGUGAGCAGGCGGUAUGGGCUUUGGGAAACGUUGCUGGUGAUUCCCCAAGAUGCCGUGAUCUUGUUUUGGCCAAUGGCGCAUUGAUUCCACUGCUGGCGCAGCUGAAUGAGCAUGCGAAGCUUUCAAUGUUGAGGAACGCCACAUGGACUCUGUCGAACUUUUGCAGGGGGAAGCCACAACCAGUUUUUGAGCAGGUCAAGCCAGCUCUUCCUGCACUUGAGCGCCUCAUACAUUCAAACGAUGAGGAAGUCCUGACUGAUGCGUGCUGGGCAUUGUCAUAUCUGUCUGAUGGUACCAAUGACAAAAUCCAAGCUGUAAUUGAAGCAGGCGUCAUCCCUCGGCUUGUAGAGCUGCUUCUGCAUCCUUCACCUUCUGUGCUUAUUCCAGCUCUUCGGACUGUUGGUAACAUUGUCACUGGAGAUGAUGUGCAGACACAGUAUGUUAUCAAUCAUCAAGCACUUCCUUGCCUCCUGAGCCUCUUGACACACAAUCAUAAGAAAUCCAUCAAGAAGGAAGCUUGCUGGACCAUAUCAAAUAUCACGGCAGGGAAUAAGGAACAGAUACAGGCUGUGAUUGCUGCCGGUAUCAUUGGUCCUUUAGUGCACCUGCUGCAGACUGCUGAAUUUGAUAUCAAGAAAGAGGCCGCGUGGGCCAUCUCAAAUGCAACUUCUGGUGGCACCCAUGAUCAAAUAAAGUUUCUAGUGAGCCAGGGAUGUAUCAAGCCCUUGUGUGAUCUCCUUGUUUGCCCCGACCCAAGAAUUGUCACAGUUUGUUUGGAAGGGCUUGAAAACAUCCUGAAGGUUGGUGAAGCAGAAAAGAACUUGGGGACAACCGGGGGUGUGAACUUGUAUGCACAGAUGAUUGAUGAAGCUGAGGGUUUGGAGAAGAUUGAGAAUCUUCAGAGCCAUGACAACACUGAGAUCUAUGAGAAGGCUGUGAAGAUCCUUGAGACAUAUUGGUUGGAGGAGGAAGACGAUGCCAUGCCCGCAGGCGAUGCUGCUCAAACUGGAUUCCAUUUUGGGAACAACGAGCAGCUCCAAGUUCCAUCUGGCGGAUUCAACUUCAGCUAAAAGGCUAUGCAGACAUUGGAGGAUGGUGGCCCAGCAAUGCUGAUGGGGCCGAGUCAAAUGUCAGUUGGGGGAGUCGUGUUUAUUGUCCGGUCAGGUCCAGUCGGUCCGGUAGUGUUGGUCGGGGUGGUACCAAAUAAAGAAGCGGUUUUUAUGGAAGACAUCGUACCGGGUUGCAUUUUGGUUCAAAGGCAAGUCUCUGGCUUCCUAUCAGUGGAUCAGCGGUAGCCAGAUGUGGAUCAUUUGUCAGCGGUUUAUGAAUGCCAGAAAGGGGAGGAAAUGAUUUUGACGAAUUUAAUGUCAAAGUAUGUAUUGUUGCAGGUGAUUAAAAAGCACGGGGUAUAGUCUUUUUACCUCCUGUAUAGCAUGAGUUUCUUUUUGAGGUUUAAUAGAAGAAUUCAUUCUUGGUUUGUUUAUCUUGAAAGUGUCUUUUGUAUGAGCUCUGUUAAGAGUAUAAUGUAGUAUGUCAUUUAAGUCUGGCAACUUGAAAACGUUGAGAGAAGGAAAUGAAGUGUUUUACUCGCGUCUACUCU